GAUUCCUCUUCGAUAGGAACAGCCACGGUGACUGGUCCCAGGACAAGUGCAGUAAUUGGAGAUCAGGGAACACCACCGAAGGUCCAGCUUCCCCUCAAUAUCUACCUAGCCCUGUAUGCCUACAAGCCUCAGAAGAACGAUGAGCUGGAGCUCCGCAAAGGUGAGAUGUACCGGGUCAUUGAGAAGUGCCAGGACGGCUGGUUCAAGGGGACGUCCCUGAGGAGUGGGAUGUCUGGCGUCUUCCCAGGCAACUACGUGACACCUGUUUCAAGGGUGCCAGUGGGAGCUGGUCAGCCCAGGAACAGCGGAGCCGGGGGAGCUCCAGCAACGAAAGGAGCCGCAGGAGCCACCCACCCCGUUGGGGUCGGUCACACCAAUGCCGCCACGGCUGUCAGACCGGUUGUUCCUAUCACUGCACCUCAGACGCACCCCCAGCUACAGGCGGCCUCUCCGCAGCUGAAUAACUGCUUGAGGUAUUCAGCUCAGCAGCCAGCCAGCCAGACCCGCAACGCCAUGCAGAUGG